CCUAGUUUCCCAGUGUAAUCCAACACAAGCGUGCAACUUACUACAGGUUGUUGCGGGCAGAGAAUGCGGGUCUGUGGAGAAGCUCGCUCAAAUGCGUGGGAAAAAGAAGCUGGAUUUCCAUCAUGAGGUGUAGUUUGAAACGGUCGGCUCAGCUGGCCAUGCUGACAUUAGUUGUUUUUUCUCUGCAUCUUAUUUAUUGGAGAAAUGAUGCUUUUUUAGAAGAAAAGUACAAGCCCCAAAGUUUAGGGGAACAACAUGGCGACAAAAAGUUGGCCAACUUUCGACAGGAGCCAGUGCAGUCUCCUAAGACGGUCAGAACAUCAGAUAUUGAUCAAAGAGUUAACGAUUUAAGGGUGAAACGUGAAGUUGAAAAAAUCGCACUACCACACAGGAAAAACUUACAAUACAUUCCUGUCGAUAACCGCAGCCCGCAACUUCAAGAAGAAACGCAUCACAGAAAAACCAAUUUGUCGAAGUUCUCCAAAAGAGUUUAUAAGUCGAGAGCAACGACACUCAGCAUGAAUUCUGUAUUUAGAAAAACUGAUUUGACUGAUGUUUUCUUCAGUGUUAAAACGACUGGAGCAUUUCAUUCCAGUAGAUUGUCUCUUUUGCUCAACACUUGGGUUAUGUUUGUUAAGGAUCAAACCUACUUUUUCACAGAUAAAGAAGAUCCUGACCUGAACCGGAAAUUAAAUGGCCAUCUCAUCAAUACACAAUGUCAGUCCGGUCAUACCAGGUCAGCCCUUUGUUGUAAAAUGGCUGUAGAGUAUGAUGUUUUUAUGGAGUCCCAAAAAAGGUGGUUUUGUCACGUUGAUGAUGACACUUAUGUUAAUGUUCCCAAGUUGCUGGAAAUGUUGCAGAAUUAUAACCACACAGAUGAUUGGUAUAUUGGCAAGCCUAGCAUGGGGCACCCACUGGAAAUUGAAGAGAAAGAUCAUAUAGGGCAUAAAAUAGCCUUCUGGUUUGCCACUGGUGGCGCUGGGUUCUGCAUCAGUAGGGGUCUUGCACUUAAGAUGCUGCCACAUGCUGGUGGUGGCAGACUGAACAGAGCUUGUGAAAAGAUCCGUCUUCCUGAUGACUGCACAGUUGGGUAUAUUAUAGGUCAUAUCUUAAAGACCAAGCUGACUGUGAUCCAGGCAUUCCAUUCCCAUUUAGAAGGACUACAGCUUUUGAACCCACUGGAUUUUCGUAACCAGGUCACCUUUAGUUAUUCCACAUAUGGCAGCAGAAUGAAUGUGGUGAAUGUCAAAGGUUUUGACAAGACAGAGGAUCCAACAAGUUUGAAAAUGUUUUUUUUGUUGACUCUUAGGUGGUUUUGUCACGUUGAUGAUGACACUUAUGUUAAUGUUCCCAAGUUGCUGGAAAUGUUGCAGAAUUAUAACCACACAGAUGAUUGGUAUAUUGGCAAGCCUAGCAUGGGGCACCCACUGGAAAUUGAAGAGAAAGAUCAUAUAGGGCAUAAAAUAGCCUUCUGGUUUGCUACUGGUGGCGCUGGGUUCUGCAUCAGUAGGGGUCUUGCACUUAAGAUGAUGCCACAUGCAGGUGGUGGCAGACUGAACAGAGCUUGUGAAAAGAUCCGUCUUCCUGAUGACUGCACAGUUGGGUAUAUUAUAGGUCAUAUCUUAAAGACCAAGCUGACUGUGAUCCAGGCAUUCCAUUCCCAUUUAGAAGGACUACAGCUUUUGAACCCACUGGAUUUUCGUAACCAGGUCACCUUUAGUUAUUCCACAUAUGGCAGCAGAAUGAAUGUGGUGAAUGUCAAAGGUUUUGACAAGACAGAGGAUCCAACAAGGCUGAAGUCUAUACACUGUCACCUCUUUCCAUAUUUGAAGGAUUGUGAUGCCAUUAAAGGAAGAAGGUUGCAUGGAAGGUGACAUUUAGGAUUAGACUUAAUAAACACCCAAAAUAUGAUUAUGGUGCCAUGAAGCUGGAUCUUCAAGAUAUAAAAAGAAGUCCUUUUCCAUUUGCCAAACUAUUUUGAGUCAUUAAAAUGACAAUGCUUUUUCAGUCUACUUUGUGCUUCUAGAGGUGAUGAAAGCUUUUCAUAAAAGUGUAUUCAUUUAGUAUGCCGUAGCUGUAGCAGUAAACACUCUUUUGAAAGUGUGUCAUUCCAAAACUAUGAAUAUACCAAUGUGAAUGGGACAGAUAGUGAAAUCAUUCAUUUAUUUUCAGACUGUUUCUCUGUUCAUGACGUCAUGUCUGCUUUUCAAAAAACAGUGGUAAUAAGAAUAAUUGCAUUUGCAAGUGAAUAUGCAUUUAACAUGUUGAGUAAAAUGUAUGCAUUAGCAUUUUUUCUGUAGGCCUAUAAGUCUUUUUGUAUGACCACUGUAGUCUGUUGUUCAGUAGAGUAUGUUAUUAUUCCACUCUAUGGGAUAUAUUUUGAGGACUUAUUUUUAGUAAUUUUUAUUGCAUUUAUUUAAUUAUUUACAUUUUGUAUGUUUAGCAUUGCUAAAAGCACAUUGACUGGUGUUUAGUCUGAUCUUCUUUAAAAGUGUUGGGAUUUUAUAUUCAGAUAUUGAUAUUGUAUUGUUUAUUUUCUGUUCAUAUACUAAAUCAUGGCAAAAUUAUUAAUAUAUAUUAUUCUCUCAUAAAGAAAGAUUACUGUAGAUUGAAUCUGACCUAGUAAAAAGGAUUUUGAAUAAUCAACAAGAGUACAUCAUCAUGUGAAAUAUAUUGAUGGAUAUUUAUUUUCAUAUGUCAGAUACUCAGGAAAUGUUUCCCAAAACUGAAUGUUCACUUUAGUGAUGUUAAUAUAUAAGCACGAACAUGACUAUUUCAUUUAGUACUUCCAAGACGGUGCUAAUUAUUUCAUAUACAAAAGCACAGAGGGUAGUGAAAUGUUAUUUCUGUUUUUCCUUAAAAUGUGAAGAUAAUAUAUAGCUGAACUAUUAGGGGAAAAGUAGUGGGUCAUGUUGUAUUGAUCAAAUAAGACCUGUCUAGUUUUAAAACAUUUUAGAAAUUCAUUGACCAUUUUCUUUUGCCUUGAGAAACCAUUUAGGUAAGCAUAUUUUGAUAGCUUGUAGUGAAUAAUAUUUUGAAUUGCAAUUUGAAGAUACCAGUUUUAA